GAGGUGUGACUGCGCAAGGCGCUGCCGGUAACUUUCCUUCUCUGUGAAUGGAGCAACCAAAACGACAUCUCGCAGAGUUGCAGAAGGUUCAAAUGCGCCAUUAAUUCUGCAUGAAGUUCCAGUCACCGCGCAAGAGAUGUUCCGUCCACCCACUCCUUAGGAGCUGCCCACUCCUAAGAGGAAGAAAGCAACUAAGAGGAAUUUCCUAAGAGGAAGUUCGAGGAUGCAGGUUCCGGGAGGCUGUGGCCAUAGCGCAGAGGGCGGGCGGCCGCACGUGGUGGGGCUCCUUGCUGUGCUCCCGGUUCUGGUGCUGGUCCUGGGGCGCACGCUGCUCACCGCAGGUUUUCUGGAAGUGGAAAUGGCAGGGAGGACUCAGAUGGUUUUCCUGAAUGAAAAUGCGACUAUCUUUUGCAAGAUCCCUGGUUCCCCACACCUGGACAUCAACAGUAUGGGUAUCACCUGGUUUCGGAAGGCUCAGGUGCCUGAAACAGAGAUCAAACUGUUUGAAUUUUUUGGAGACCACAAAGUGGCAUUCCGACCUGGAGCCAACGUGAAUCCAUGGAGGCUGAAGAGGGGGGAUGCCUCACUGCAGCUGCCUGGGGUCCAACUGUGGGAAGCAGGAGAGUACCGAUGUGAGUUGGUGGUCACUCCUCAGAAGGCACAGGGGAGAGUCUGGCUGGAGGUUGUAGCUCACCCAGUCAGUAGCUUGUUUCUGGAGCAAGCCAUGGUGAAAGAUAAUGAAGACAAACAUAUUUUGUGUAAGUCAAGUGGAUUCUACCCAGAGAAUAUUAACAUAACGUGGAAAAGGUGGACCCAGAAGGAUCCCCAGUUCCAGGAGAUUUCUAAGGACAUCAUCACUGGCCCCACCAUCAAGAAUGAGGAUGGUACAUUUAAUAUCACUAGCUACUUGAGGCUGAAGCCCUCUCUGGAAGACAAUGUGACCAUCUACCAGUGUGUGGUAUGGCAUGUAUCCUCACUCAUGUGCCAGAGUUUCAACUUCACCCACAUUCUGAUAGAAUCUGAGAAGAAAACUGACUCGUGGAUUGUUUGGUUGUGUAUUGGAAUGAUCUUUACUGGACUGAUCAUAUUAAUUUUAUUAUUAUAUUUUUUUCCUUGGAAAAGAGCCUGCUGGAGGGCGAGAGACACUGGAAUCAGAGCCUGCCAGAGGAGGAGAGACCCUGGAAGCUGGAGCUAGUUGCUCUAGUGGAGGCCAGUCUAGAUCAGAUGACAGCCACCAGACAUGUAUCAGACCUAUGUCAAAGUUUCAGUCAGAACUGCAGUUAUUUACUUCCGUCUGGUUUACCCUGGAGUAUCUUCCCUUCCCCAAUAAUGGCAUUAUGGGAAAAACUGGAGUUGAUCAAGUGAAGAGUACACAGAGGCAGGGCUGCGUAAUAAAUUGUGUAGUGUAUCACUGCUUCACUCGUUGGCAUCAGUGCCUGGAAGGACCUAAGUAUGGGGGAAAGACAGAAGUUCAUGCUCCUGUACCCAAGUUGGCCAGUCUAGGUGGCUUGCCUUUCACAUCACUCCGGAGUUGGGCCAGCCCAGAGUGGAAAUAGAGUAGGGUGUAGGUAGAUGAAGAUGUACAAUGCCCCAAUCAGGUUGUCCUGGCACAGAGGAUGCCAGUAAUCUAGAUUCUAAUGCAACAAACCCACUCUCUGGAACUCAGUUCUGACCUUAAUCCCAUUGUUCGGCCUUUCCGCAGCUCCUUUCAAGUUGGAACAGAUCUGUUGUUCUUCACGCCUGCCCCAGUCUAGGGUCAGCAGCAUUCAUGUCUUCUUCCCCCAAGUCUUCUGCAUGUCUUGGUACAAUAGGGUGUCUGACACUGGACCUGGGGAGACCUCAGAGGUGAGCCCAGAGAUGUGUGGGGAGCCAGGGCUACUCCCUGCAGCAAGCUCCCUAGGAAAGUUCUCCCUAAAAGAAGAUGUUGGAGAGGAACUCAAGAGCAGGACAGAGCUGGGAGGAUGCUACCUGAGGAGAAUGGGUUCUAUAGAAGCUGGGUGAGUCCUCCCCAGCAGAAAGGCUGGAGGUCCACCUUAGUGGGCCACAUGUGGGCCAUGCAGUGACUGGCUGGAGAUGCCAAAUCCAGAGGCAUUAGGCCUGAGCAGGUUUCCAGUAUGGCUAGUGGGCUAGUUUUCCCAGACUAACAAUUCAGUUUCACUACUGCAAGAGGGUGGCUUGGCUUCCCUCCUCUGUUGAACUCAGGACUGAGGCCCAGGACACAUGCCACAACACCUGGUGUGAGCUGGGGACAGACAGGAGUGGCAGAUGUGCCCCAUUAGUCUGCAUUGCCACCUGACUGGCUGUGGGGAAGGUAGCCUGGAAGGUAGGGACCCCAGUCCAUUUGCAAGAAGGCGGAAGAUGGAGGGUUCAUCAUACACAUGGGUGGGAGAAAGUGUUGGUGAGGUCCUGUAAUAGGGAAGAACCUUUGUAUUCUAUUACAAGUUAAUCACUAAAGGGAUGUUGCCUAUAAGCUUAAAUUAUACAUAAUGGCCCAUCCCUGGGAACCCUGCCUCCCAUGUAAUGAGUAUUAAGCUAAAAUACCUU